AUGCAAUCACAGGAAAAAGCCUAUAAUGACUAUGCCAAUUCGUUUGAUGGGUAUCCUAUCGAGGAAUCGCGUGGGGAAAAGCACAUUAUGUAUGACGGUGGAGUGCAUCCUGACGUAGGCGGUUACGUUGUGCCCUACAAAUGUGAGGUGAAUGAGAGCGAAAUGAAGGAAUCCGAACUACAUAAUACGUUGUUAAGGAAGCGCCAGGAGCUUCACGAAAAACACAACUCUGAAGAUGAAAAACUUAAAAAAACGUUGGAAGAAGGAGAACAGAGGCGAAAAGAUGCUGAAGAAUGGGCUAACAAAAUAGAUGACAUAUUACAACGCGAAAAGAGCCAGGUGGAUAUGGUGCAGUCAAUGGGCGAUGUCUUAGGCGAAGUUGAGUACAUCCAACCAAUUCCCAAGACAUACGUCCCACUAGGUUGGAUCGGCAAUUACGUCUCCCGAAUCCCUAAACCGAUACCACCAGUCAUCGAAACGUUCCCUCAUGAGUACAACCCCGUUAACCCUACUCAUAACGAGUCUAACGUCACGACUAAUUUAUCAGAUACAACAUCAUUACCCGAAAUUGACUUAUCCAUCAAGGUAUUCAACCCUGUACCGUCUCAGACUUUCAAUGAUUAUGAUUACAAGCAGAGCAUCCCUAAGCAAGCCGCUCCCAAGGUUGCAGAUUUGGAUGAUUUUUCGCUAAAGGAUGCAGACCGCGCAGCCAUUAAUAUUCCCAUGGCCGUAUUCCCCGACCAAUCUCCGGAUGACAUCAAUGAAUACGUCUGCCAAAAUCCCUGGUAUGUUUCCCCUUUUUCCACCUCUGUCACCUCUCCUCCUACCACCCCAGUCCCAGUCACCGACCAUCUGCCCACGCCCCAAACCGUCCGGGAAAUGCUCUACUGGUUUGUUGGAUUGAAUCAAUAUGGGCUUAUUGGGAAGAUUAAGGACUAUGUUGAAAGCAUCCUUGUUGAAUGUAACAGAGAUGCCAUCGAGGUCACCGGGGAUUCCGACCAGCUGACCGCCUCCAUGGUCACCGAUAAACUGACUGAGACGUGCCUCUACUCGGCCACCGUUAUCUACAAGAUUAAGUAUAAAGACAUCUCAGAUGUUUUCAAAGACUUUUUCAAUGAUCCCGACAAGUAUGCUUUUUAUUAUUCCUCUGAAACCGCCGGGCUCCUCUGCCAGCUGCGUGACUACGUCUAUGCCUGCCACUACCAAUUGCAGUUCCUGAAGGCGCAGUGUGAGAGGGAUAAACUAAGUGGUGGUUGGCGGGAUUGCCACUACGGCAGUGACAUCACUGCUUCCGAGUACCCCCUCCAGGCGUUCCUGACUGACGGCUGGGACUCGGACUUCGAGACGCACCUCUUCGACCCGUGCAAUCUGUGCCACAAGAGCAGGGUCAGGAUGGAAUUUAAGAAAGUGGAUUUGCCUAUGAUAUCGCAACUGGGGAGUGUCAUUUCCACCAUCCUCUCUCCCAGCUGCGGCGGUGAGGAGCAUGGCGCUCUAGUAAACACAGUAUUGUGA